AUGUGUGUUUCAAUAUUUAUUUCAUUAUCAGAACCAUCUUCGUCUGUAAACAAAGAAUCUAAAUUACCAAAUGAUCUUCCAACAUUACUAUUAAAUCUUCAUAAUAUUCUUUUAAAAAAAUCACAAGAUAAUGAUGAAAUUGAUUCCAAUAUUUGUCAAUAUAUUGAAUCCAUUCGAAGUAAAAUUCUAGAACUUACUAAUCUUAUUCAACCUACAGAAAUAUUUGAUAUAUUACAAGCAACGUUAAAAACUUAUAUUAAUGAAUUACUUUCAAUAAAAACAUGUCCAAAUAUUAUUUCAAGUAAUUCAUUUCAAACAAUAUUUCAUUCUUUAAUUUCUAUUGAAAUACAACUUGAUUUAUCAUCUAUAUUUGAAAAUAAUCCUCUUUAUGCUCGUACUGUUUUUUAUCGUUCAUUUGAUCUAUUAUCAUUACCUCUUAUAAAUGAUUUUCUUAAUGAUAAGUAUCCUAAUGAACUUUUUUCACAUUUGAUAUUUAUUCUCUGCACAAUUAUUAAUUAUAUUUACUCAACUAGUGGACGUAUUGUAUUUAAAAAAAAUGAUUUACAAAAUCUAGUAUCAAACAUGCGUUUACUUAUUGAAUAUGUUGAUAAAAAUAAACAAAAUUCAAAUGAAACUUAUAUUCCUAUAAUAAAUUCUAUUUUGAUAGUUUUUUGGACAUUAGCUGAUAAGACAAUAUUAGUUCCAACUAUAAUUGAAACAAAAUGUCCAAAUUAUGUUUUAAAAUGGAUUUCAAUGCAAGAUUUAUCUCUUGAUAUUCAACGGAUAUGUAUGCAUAUAUUAUAUAAUAUAGCACGGCAUGAUCAAGGUGCUGAAACAUUAAAUAAUGCUAAUGGCAUAAAUAUUCUUAAAGAAUUUCAACAACGAGUACUUCAACCAAAUAAAGAUAAUAAUAUUGAAUUAUAUAGAGAAUUACGUUUAUUUUAUUGCAUGACUUUAUCAUUAUUAACUGAACCAAAAGAAAAUCAAGAAGAUUUAAAUAAUCUUCGUCAAAUUCUUGAUCAACUUAUGCAAUUAAUUAUUGGUGGUGGACAAUCAAUAGAUAAUAGAUAUGAAGGAUUUCAUGUUAGUGAACCAAUUGUUGUUUUAACUAAACUUUGUGUACAUGAUAAAAUAUUAAAAUAUGUUUUAAAUGAAUCAUCUAUUAAGAAUAUGAAAGCUAAAUCUCGAAUAGAUUUCUUUUGUGAAUUAUUAAUAAAAUUUCGUGGAGCAUUAGUAAAUGACAAUGAUCUCGAUCAAUUAUCAUUAACAGCUUUAUUUAAUAUUCUAUGGAGUAUAUCAUUUCAUGAUGAAUAUAGUGAAGAAUUAAAGUCAAAUUCAAAAUUUUUAAUUACUGUUAAAAGUUUAGCAAAUGAUCAUGAAGAAACUUUGGGUGAUCAAUAUGUUUCUAAACAUAUGUCAUCAAUAUUAAAGGCAGCUAAUGGAAUUUUAUGGAAUCUUGAUGAAAAUAAUCCAGCUCGAACUUUUCGAACAACAGCUAUACCAGAAAUAAAGAAGGCACUUCAAAGUGAUAUCAAUAUAACUAAUCAAACACGUGUUAUGGUUAGUUAUUCACAUGCUGAUAAAGAAUUUUGUCAUCAACUUGUUCAGGUACUUCAAAAAGGUGAAUAA